GUUAAUAUUUAAAUAUAAACAAAAAUGUCUGAUGGCGAUUUAGAUGCCCUACGCGCCCAGCGCAUGUCCCAGAUGCAGUCGCAAAUCGGCGGCGGCGGUGGCAACGAUGCCGAAAAACAGCAGGCCCAGCAGGAGCAGAUGCGUGCCCAGGAGGAGAUGAAGCACUCGAUCCUCUCCCAGGUGCUCGACCAGCAGGCACGUGCCCGCCUCAACACACUGAAAGUGAGCAAGCCAGAAAAGGCCCAGAUGUUCGAGAACAUGGUCAUCCGCAUGGCCCAGAUGGGGCAGGUGCGCGGCAAACUGGACGACGCUCAGUUCGUGAGCAUCCUGGAGAGCAUCAAUGCCCAGAUGCCGCAGAGCAAGUCCACAGUGAAGUACGACCGCCGCCGGGCGGCCAUAGACAGCGACGAUGAUGAAGAUUACGGCUGCUGAUUGACCGCAGUUGCGGAUCCAGAUGCAGAUGCUCCUCCUCGUAGGCCUAAGUCUCUUUCUCUUUGCUAAAUACUUUUAUUUCUUAAUAACUUAAAACGAAAACAAGAUGCA